UCCUGGUACAUAAUAAUGGGGCGGAUCCUUCGGUACCUUCCAAACAAGCAGCCCAAUGGGAAGCGGAGCUCGAUUUGGACUGGCAGGUCCGCCAGCCGGUCACCGUUGCCUCUCGCAAACCACGCUUGGAGGGGGAGAGACUGUAGUUCAUUCUUCUCCGGGGAGAAAACUGCCAAAAAGGAAAAAGCAAAAACUCCACCAGACAGAAAGAUGGGAGACGUCUCUGAUGUUUGGGUGGGAAGCGCCUACCUGUUUGUGCAGUCAACAUCGGAAAAGGUCCUCCUUCCUGUGAUGUAUGGAGACCCAAAGCAGAAGCCCUGCGUGUUCAAAGCGCUCAAGCUGGCACUAGCGGAUUCAACGGGUAGCCUCAACGGGGUAGACGUGCUGAAGGUCCAUUGCAGCGACCCUCACCUGAUAAUCCAGCUCAAAUUCUCCAAGCAAGAUAACUGUCGGAGAUUCCUGCAAAGCUAUCGCGAGGGACACCUCCAAGACUCCCUCCAGAAUCACCUCAAACUUUCCUUGUCCAUGUCCACCUUAGUCCCUGUCCAGAUGGAGCUGAAAACUGGCGCUGAGAAGCUGGACGCCAUGAUCCGGGAGGAGGAGCGGUGCCUUGAGUGCAUCUACCAUGAAAAGCCUAACCGUCUCAGGGAUGAAGAGAUCACAGAGCUGGAGGAAUCUCUCAGGAACUGUUCCUUUCUGGACAAGAAUGACAACAGGGGUCCUUCUUUGGAUUCUUCUCCUGCAUCUUUGAAUUCUUCACCUGCAUCUUUGAAUUCUUCGCCUCCAUCUUUGAAUUCUUCGCCUCCAUCUUACAGUUCUGUGGAGAUCUCAGGGUCUCUGCCAAAGGGAGACACCUUCACUUUCCAGGGCCAGCAGUUCGCCAACAGAAAAAUCUCUCCAGACGACCACCAGACGUUUGCCAAACUCGUGUCCAAGAAGUGGAAGCAGGUGGGUCGGUCCCUGCAAGUCAACUGCCGGGCCCUUCGGGAUCCUGUCAUUGACAACUUGGCCAUAGAGUACGACCGGGAGGGCCUCUAUGAGCAAGCGUACCAGCUUCUCCGCAGGUUCAUUGACUCAGAAGGCAAGAGAGCCACCAUACAAAGACUGGUCGCCGCCCUGGAGGAGAAUGGCCUCAUCAGCUUGGCUGAGGAGCUUCUGAGUCUCCACCAGAAUGACAAAACGUUGUAAGAGGACAUGGGGGGGCAGUCCUCACUUGAGACUACAAGCUGCAGGGCCAGUGAAGCUGCACACUCAUGUGCCUUUCUACACCUCUUGACCGCACUGUAGCCAUUUGAUGCCAGACCAGUUGUGGCCCUUGCCACUGGCAGAACCUGCCCCAAGAAUAACCAGCACAGGACUGAGGCUGAAAGUCAGUGUACUACUUCAGUGCUGAAAUAUGGAUGGUCUUGGGAAACAUCUUUUAUCUUACAGUAGCAUCUGGACAAAGGCCUCAGUGGUUUCAGAAUACUGUAUCUUAGCAUUGUAAUAGCAGGAAAAGGAAAAGAUGUGUGGCUUUCAGGAACGGUCUAAAUAACUGGCUAGGCUGUGUCUGAGUAAAGGUAGUUCUCAGCACUUACUGACUGUAGCAUCAAAUAAUGACGUUGUAUGGAAAUGUGCAUACAAAAGCGAGCUAUCCUCAGAUUAAUGAUCUGGCUAAGACAGUCAUAUUGUCCAAAGUCAACUUUAAAAAGUGGUACUUUCCAGUGUAGCCAGUUCACACAAUGGGUUGCAAAUGAUUGGCAUAACUUAAUCUAGCAUGCAGUUGAAUGUGUGAACUGACUCUUAUUGGAAAUGGGCUAGGAAAUGGGUUUUUUUGGUUGGCAAAGUGUAUUAGAUCUGCAAUGACCUAUUCAUUCCUACAAGCCCCACUUGAUGCUGCAGUCAGCAGAGUUGAAACUGCAUGUGUGAACCAGCACUAGGUGGCGUUUCCAUGAACAGACUGCACCAGCAUUUUACACCUUUUAUGGAGUUAUUCUUGAGUGUCAUACUAACUGUGCUGCUGCGAUGCUUGCUUACAGGAGCACGUUGUCUGCGUUUCCUUGCACAGAGGAUCCGCCUCAGUGAUAUUAUUGUAUCCCAGAUUCUCUUCCAGGAAGGAACUGUGGUGGGCUCUCUCUUGCCUCAUCGUUUGCUUUCAGUCUUAUGGCUGUGUCUGCUUUAGCACCAUUUCCCCCCCAGAAAAGGAGGCAUGGCUGGGUUGGUAGCUGUCCAUGGUUCAUGAUGACAGCUAUCUCCCUUGGAUCCUCCACAUUUAUAGACACCUGUUUCACACGUAAUGUUAAACCACUGUUUAUCAACCAAUAGUUUAUUAAAUCAUGGCAUAGCAUUAUGUAUAAAUCCUGCCAUC